AUGGCGGAGACGAUCAAUGAGAAGAAGGGCGAUAUCGAAGCCACCACUGUAGCUGCUCCAACAGAAGGAGACUCAAAGUACGGAAGCAUUGAUGAGGCCGAAGUCUUCGUCACCGGGGAGAAUGGGAUCAACUUUCGCACUGUCGGCUGGAUCCGAGCUUCCAUGUUCUUCUUGAAGAUGACGUUCGCGGCCGGCGUGCUUUCUAUCCCUGCGGCUCUCUACAACCUUGGAGCGGUUCCUGGAGCCAUCUUUAUCCUCUUCUGGGGCCUCCUCAACACUUACAUGGCGGUGAUCCAGGGCCAGUUCAAGCUCCAGUACCCGUCCGUGCACACGAUUGCGGACAGUGCCCAGAUUGCAGCUCUGGAGCUGGGAUUCAGCAGGAAGACGGCCUGGGUCUCGAAGGAAAUCACCGAGUUUGUCUACCUGUUCAGCUGGAUCCUCUGCGCCGGUGUUUCGACUCUGGGCUUCAGCAUCGCACUCAACGCCGUCUCCAAACAUGGAACUUGCAGCGUCACCUUCGGCUUUGUGGCGUAUAUCAUCGUGGCGUCCGUGGCCAGUAUUCGCAAGAUUCACAAUCUUGGUUGGAUCACCUGGGUUGGCUUCAUUUCCAUUGUGACGGCGGUCUUGAUCGUGGUCAUUGCCGUCACACAGCGAGAUCGGCCGGCUGCCGCUCCUCAGACGGGAGACUUCGACCUCGGUUUCUCUGCCCUUCCUCCUGCAGGGGCGACUUUCGCUACCGCAUGGUCGGCGUCGCUUGCCAUCUUCUCCUCCUCGGCCAACACUUCGGGGUUUGUGCCCGUCAUCUCAGAGAUGAGACGGCCGCAGGACUAUUUCAAGGCCGUGUACGUCUGCAUGGCGUGGAUCACUUCGUCGUACCUGGCCCUGGCGGUGACCAUGUAUGCCUACUGCGGCAAAUGGGUGGCCUCACCGGCCCUGGGCUCGGCAGGUCCAACCAUCAAGACCAUCGCAUAUGCCAUUGCGAUCCCUGGACUCAUUGCAGGCACCAUGAUCUGCAUCCACGUCGCGGGAAAGAGCGUUUUCGUCCGCAUCCUGCGCAACACUCGACACUUGACCGAGAACACCAAAACUCAUUGGGCGGUCUGGCUCUCAUGCACCUACGGAACAGGCUGCCUCGGCUGGAUUCUGUGCGAGGCCAUUCCGUUCUAUGGCAGCCUGGUCUCCCUCAUUGGAGCUUUGGGCUUUGGUUAUCUGGGGGUCUGCCUGCCCGCAAUCUUCUGGUUUGUCCUGAACAAAGACGCGCGAAAAGGCACGCCCCUUCAGCAAUUCCUAUGCUACGUCCACAUAGCAAUCUUUCUGGUUGGUGUGCUGGCCACGAUCGGCGGCACGUAUGCCAACGUGGUGAACAUCAUCGAUCAAUACAGGCAAGGCCAGGUCGGCUCGGCGUUCAGUUGCGAGGAUAAUAGCAACACCGUUGCUGGGGGGUAG